GUAAAAUUGGACUUUUGCGACGGAAGGAAUAUUUUUUCAGUGCUCGGUACCAUCUAUAAUUCUAUAUAUACAUCCCUCACAACGCAGAUGCUCACUUACGAAUUUAGGGUUCCGAUACACUUUUCUACGAGUCCCCCACUAUCUUUCAGUCGCCGCCUUUAAUUGCCCCGGAAUCUUUACCACCUUAUUUACUCUAGCAAUGGAAUUUGGAGGAGUCCGGAAGAGGGGAAGAUCUGACGCCGGCUUUAACGGCAACGGCUACAAGAAAUCCAAGCAAGACUCGGACAACUUUCCCAGUGGUGUAGGGACCAAAUCAAAGCCGUGCACAAAGUUUUUCAGUACGACAGGAUGCCAAUUUGGAGAGAGCUGCCACUUUUUGCAUUAUGUUCCUGGUGGGCUGAAAGCUGUUACCCAGAUGCUUGGCAAUAACCCUGCGCUCCCAGUACCUGCUAGAAACCCCAUGCCUAUGCCACCUCCGCCUUUCCCAGAGACUCAGCCCCCAACAGCAGUGAAGACGCGUUUAUGCACCAAAUACAACACUGCCGAGGGUUGCAAAUAUGGUGAAAAAUGCCACUUUGCACACGGUGAGUGGGAGCUUGGCAGGCCAGCACCCCCAGUUCAUCAUUCCCACCAUGAGGACCCUCGUGGUGGUAUGGGACACCCUAGGUUUGGUAGACCUGAGCCUUAUCAAUCAGGUGGGUUUGGAGGAGCAGCAGCCAGCUUUGGGUCAUCUGCCACAGCUAAGAUCAGCAUUGAUGGGUCUUUGUCCGGAGCCAUCAUUGGGAAAGGUGGUGUUAACUCGAAGCAGAUAUGCCGUGUGACUGGAGCCAAGCUCUCUAUAAGAGAACAUGAAGGUGAUCCCAAUUUGAAGAAUAUUGAACUUGAAGGUACCAUUGAGCAGAUUCAACAAGCCAGCGAAAUGGUUCGUGAACUUAUUGCAUCCGUUACUUCAAAUGCUGCCAAGUCCAUGAAAGGGGGACCACGCUCUGCUCCCGCAAACAACUUCAAGACAAAGAUGUGUGACAACUUCAUGAAAGGGUCGUGCACUUUUGGUGAUCGGUGCCACUUCGCACAUGGAGCUGAAGAGAUGCGCAGCAGCGGUGGAGGAAUGUAAGAGGGAGAGCCAUUGAGUUUUUUUUCAUUUUUCAUUUUUCAUUUUUAAAAUUCAGCAUUAGUUUGUUUGUGUAGAAACUUCUCGCGCAUAACCAUGUGGCUGUAGUUCAUUGUUAUUUGGUUCUUGUUUGGGAUUAAUCUCAUUUAGCCGCAUUAGUUCUUGACCAUUUAAAAUAUGUCGCUCAUCUUUUACGCUUGCUGUUUCCCUACCGGUUUCUUUUUGUGCAAUGUAAACCAGCGAAGUCUUGUAGCAUUAUAUGAUCAUUAUACUCCAUGUUAUUAUUACUG